AUGGAGGUGGCCAAGACACCCGACCCGGAUGACCGCUUCCUGCUUGAACUCAGCUCCAAGCGCAUCGACUUUCAGCCGGUUUCCAAAGAUGUCAGCGUCUUCUACGACGAGUCCAACAAACAGGUUUUUAUCGUUAUCAACCGUGGCGCCGAGGGCAUUAUCGUGAAGGGGUCAGACGAUUUGACGUUGAAGUUCAGCCUUCAGGAUCGAGGGAACAUUCUCUCAAUCAAGUUCUCGCCUACAUUUGAGAUUCUCUCCCUUCAACGAUCGCAGAGCCACAUUGAGUUUGUCAUCUUCAAAAACGGCCAACCAAUUGAGAUCUUCACGCACACUUUGAAGAACAAAAACUCUCGAAUACUGGGAUUCCUUUGGACGAACAUCAACGAGAUUGUUCUCGUCCUUGACAGUGGCAUCGAGUUCUACCAAGUGCUCACAGACAAGAAGAUUUUAAAGAGCCUGAAGUCAUUUAGCCUGACAGUUGAUUGGUUCGUCUACCAGCACGUCUCCUGUAUUCUUCUAGUCGCCAAUGGCACCUUUGGAAAUGUGAUACACCCCUUCCUGUUUAGGCCUUCAAAUGCCUACAAGCUAAACAAGUUCGAGAUUGACUGGACCAGUCAGGCGAAGACGGCCAACCUGUCGCUGCACGAGCGGGACGUCACGGUGACCAAUCUGUACGGCAAGCCUCGCCUGCUCAUCCUUCGACACCAGCCGAUUCUAAAAGAACAGUCCGGCGCUCACAUACUGAUCUACACCUGGCACAAGCGAGACUCCAUUCCGCAGAAGACGGACAUUCUCAUGACCAACUUGUCGGGCCGGUUCGCCAUCAACAUAGUGGAUGAUCUCAUUGUGGUUCACCAUCAGACGUCAAAAAGCUCGCUCAUAUUCGACAUCAACCUCUCUCAAAGUGAGGUGUACGGCGGUGCAAAGUGUCACCUGCCGAUCGUCAGCAAGUGCGUCAUCAAGCCCUACAAGAUCAACAACCUCAUUGACUACGAGCUCUACUCUUCCAACUGGGCCAUCUUCCAGCCGAACAUCAUCAUCGACGCCAAGUACGGCUGCCUGUGGUUCCUGCAGGUCAAUCUGCAGUUCAUCUUUGAGCUGAUCAAGAACGUGCCCAUUCUGAUUGACUUUCUGCUGCUGCGGAAGAACUCCAAGGCGAUCAUCCUCAAGGUGUGCCGCAAUGUGGUGGCGAUGAGCAGGCGCCAUGGCCAGAAUCCAAUUGGCAAUCUGGCGCUCAUCUUCAACAAGCUGAACCUCGCCUACAAGGAGUCGCUGGUGGAGGCGGCCAAGGUGGACACCGCCGUCGGCCCGCUGAACGGCGGCGACGUUUUCGACUACCUGAAGCACAAGAUUGCCGUCACCAUCGACCAGCGGGACAUGCUGACGCACUUCUUUGAGUACUUCGACAAUGAGGGGGAGGGGGAGGGGGAGGAGGAGGAGGAGGGCAGCAUCGACCCGAAGCUGGGCAUCGCCAUCGUCUUCGAGUACGUGCACUCGCUGUCGGCGCAGCGCAUCACCGUGCAGUACUUCAUCUACGAGUUUCUGCUCAACCACCUGAUCCAGGCGGGCAGCUUCUACCAGAUGCACCAGUUUCUGCAGUACCACGUCUUCAGCGACUCGAAGCACCUCGCCUGUCUGCUGCUGUCGCUGCUGCAGCACGGCCAGUACCCGUACGCGCUGCAGCUCGGCCUGGACAUGCUGAAGCGCCUGCAGACGGCCGACGAGGAGAUCGUCGAGGUGCUGCUCUCGCAGAGCCAGGUGGUGCGGGCGCUGCAGUACAUCGAACGGCACCUCGACAUCAACAGCAUCUCGGCACGGAAGUUCCUCGAGGCGGCGCACGCCACCCAGGACGUGCGCACCUUCCACCAGGUGUACAAGCAGCUGCAGCUGCGCAACCUGAAGCUGCGCGGCUCGUACGAGUUUGCCAAAGGUGAAAAUUGCGAGUUCUACGAGCGCCACUUUGAAGAUCUCUUUGGCACCAAGAUGUCCUUUAUCAGCACGUGA